CACACUGACCUACACGUGCAUUGAUGUGAUUAAGAUUUACUGCGAAAAUAGCCCACGAAAAGUGGUUUAAAACGCGUAAAUUGAGUAAAAGUUAAUUCUGCAGGCAGUGCCGCAGCACUGAGGAUUACCAGAGCACCGAUUCCACAAAAGGACAGUCAUGUAUUUCGACGACGAGGACCGAUUGGAGCUGCAGAUUCUGGCAGGCGGCAACAUCGUGGAACAUGCGCCCGUCUUCUCGCCCGAUGGAAGAUUUAUGUUCGUGCGAUGCCAGACAAAUGUACAGGUGUAUGCAACAAGUACGGGUGAACUUACCCGAGUUCUGGACGAUGCCACGGCGCCAUUGAUCAGCUUGGAGUUGGACCUCAAGCAACCGGAACUCUUGAUCGGUUGUACAAGCACGGGGGAGCUGGUCCGCUGGAAUUGGCGGGCGGGAGUGCUCAAGAAAACAGUGGCCUUAAAGCUAGACUCUGGCGACACCACUGUCUUAACAUGCCACCUGAUGAACCUCUAUAAAGGUGGCGACACAGCCUGCGCCUUUGUGACCACAAAGAGGAAAAGUGGCGACCAGGUCAAUUGGUUUGUGGUCAACACGAAUACGGGUGAAAAGAUUGAAGUCAACUGCGGCCUCAAGCUAAAAGUUCGUACUCCCCUGGUGGACGUGGGAAAGGGUGAGUUCAAGUACAUAGUCCUGGCUCAGGGCUUCUACAUCUAUUUUGUGAAUUAUGUUACGUGGAAAUUCUGUCGCUAUAAGAACUUUCUUAAGCAAACCGUCACCUGUGUACGGAUGAGUCCCUGCGAAAUGGUGGCGGCCAUCGGUGAUUCCAAUGGCAAGAUUUACCUUUGGCGGGAUUUUGAGCAAAAGGAAACGAUGACCAGCACGCUGUUCCAUUGGCAUUACAUGGAGGUGACCAGUCUGGCAUUUUCGCCCUCAGGCGCAAGCAUCUAUAGCGGCGGACAUGAGACCGUCCUGGUGAAAUGGCCCAUAGCCACGCCCGAAAAUCGCACGUACUUGCCCAGAAUGUCCAAUGUAAUCCGACACAUUGUGGUCAGCAAUGACAAUGAGACUGUCUUGGUUUGCACGGAGGAUAAUGCGAUUAUACUGAUAACUGGCAGCAGUUGCCAAAUAAAAUCCACUGUCCAGCAUUUUACAUACGAGACCAAGAAUAAGACGGGCUUGGGCAAGUUCCCCGUGGGCUUGCGCUUGAAUCCAAGAACCAAUACACUAGUGCUGAAUGGCAGAUCUGGACACUUGCAGUUCUAUUCGGCCUACACCAAGAGUAUGCUGUAUAAUCUACGCGUGGUGGACACUAAUUUCCGUAGUGAGGAGGACAAUCAUAUUAUCUACAAUACUCGUAUAACACGAGCUGCCUUUAAUAUCAAUUGGAUGGCAACUGGAGAGGUGUACAAUGAUAUGGAGACUUUUGCCGAAGUGCGUCUCAAAUUCUGGCAAUACAAUGAAAAGUUGCAGAGUUACAUUCUAAACACGGAGAUAGAUCUGCCACAUGAGCAUGGUUUUAAGGACAUUAUCUUCUCCAAUCAGUUCCAGGUGGACAAUCUGCGCUGUGCCACAGCUGGUGAGGAUAACGUUAUAAAGGUGUGGGGCCUCACAGACUCCGAAAACAUCUACAAGCGUGGAUCAAUGUGGUGUUGCCUGGCGCAAACAAGCUAUCGAAAUCUGCCCAUUGGCUCCCUGUGCUUCUCACAGGAUGGCUCUCUGUUGGCCGUGGGUUACGGCAAUAUUUUGGCGCUUUACGAUGCAAGGAAUCCGCGGCUGCCCCUUCAAACACUGAGCUGUCCACCCGGCCUAGAUGGUGUAAUAUCCAAAGCUCAGUUGAGAUUGGCCCAGACGCCAUUGAAUGGAGCUAGGAAAGAACUUACACAGCAAAGGCAGCAAUUGUGGGCUUUGUUAAAGACCCUGCUGAAUAGCAACGAUGAGAAGUUGAUUAAUCAGGCCAAGGACUUAAUAGUGGGUCCUCCAGCCAAAGCAAAGCUCAUGAAUCAGCCGGAAAAUGCCAGCAAGGAGUCAGUGUUUAGGUACAUAAUGAAAAUGCCCGAACUGGGCUUGCAUCAGAAAUUGCAACUGCUGCGACGCUUUGGGGUCGAAUGUUCCGUCCCGCAGGCCCAUCGAAAUCGGUUGAUGGAGCAUCUUCAGCAAAGGGCGCAGAUUCCUCAAGCUACGAGGUUGAGACUACGCAAACUGGACGCCCGAUUGCAUCGGCUGCACACGCGACAUCGUUACAAAGCCAAACAGCGACUAAGUCAUUUGACUAGGCGGCGGCAGAACUUCGAGGAUUUGGUGCCGCAGGAUGUGAUGAACCUGUUCAGCGUCCUCAAGAUCGAUGAGAGCAGUAAACCGAGAAAGGAGGAUGCUAAAAAAAAAUCAAUGCUGGAUGAGAGCAGCAAAGGCACGCCAAAAGUGAAGAGAAUUCCAGCAAAGGCAGCUCCGUUGCAGGGAUUGGCGCAAAUUUCACAAGUGCAAUUUGGAGCCGGCGAUCAGGCUCAUCUGGUGGCAGUCUGCACCGAAUCAAGGGUUCUCAUCUGGAACCUACUGACGCUGCGACUGCAGGCAGGUCUGAAACUAUCCGUUCGUCAGCUGGCCUUUGAUCCGCUCACCAAUCUAAUGGCUGUCAUUACGAAAAAUGAUGAACUGCACGUCUUCCAGCCGAAUGUUCCGCUGCCCCUUUAUCAGCGCAGUAAUCUGCCCAAAACGUAUGGUUUGGCCUGGUUGCCGAGGAGACAACCCAAGCAGAGCUCCAUCAACGUGGACUGGCAGGCGCAGUCCACGCUGUUGAUGCUCACCCAUUCGCAGGAGAUUGCAUACCUGGCGCCACCGGGUCAGAGUCCAUCGGAUGAUGCGCCAGCGCCGAUCAGUUUUGCUCAGUCCGCUGCCACGGAAAAUCUGCUGAAGCACGCGACAUUCGGCAUUCAUGCGACCAAGCAGCAGCAGGCUUCCACUGAAUCCCCGGAGAAGAGUGGCCCUCUAAUCGUGGGACGAGGAGAACACAGUGCCGUCAAUGCGUUUGUCAAUCUUUCCGCCCACACGAUGCCCGCCAUGAGCCUGAUUUGUAGCGAAUUCGUCAAAUCUCUAGUGACACAGGCAGACUCAACCUCGAGGCAUUUAUCGAAAUCCGGAGAAGAUGCCCCACUGACCAACGGAGGCUCCGUCAAUGGCAAUGGACUGUUGCACGGGCACAGUGAUGAUGAGCUGGAGAAUGAAGAGCUGGCGGAGGAAGGCGAGGCGACGGGAAGCACUUUGGACACCCGGAAAACGCUCCUGGAGCAGAAUGAAAAGCUGGACGAUCUGCUACCCGAAGGGGAAACUGACCAGCAGACGUUGGAUAAUCGAUUAAAAACCAUCACGUCGCUGAGAACCAAACUAAAGUUAUAAAUGUAAAAAAAACCUAUUAGUUGUUCUUAAAAAGUUUGAUUAAUUCUUCUAUUUUUGUAUAA